AUGCAGGCUCGAAGCGUUAUCCUGAACGCCAAACAGACCGUCGAUGCAUUGCGGACGCUGGUUGGAACUGCAUCGCCGAAGAAAACGAUCACGAAGGCAGCAACAUCGGCUGCGGUGCAGGUGCUCCAGGCGCGCGAUUAUCAUGAGGUCACCGGCGACAUAAUCGUGCCGUCGAUGGUGCAGGGUAUCGAUCAUUUGCGUGACCCACGCCUAAACAAGGGUCUCGCCUUUACGCUGGAGGAACGUCAAAUUCUCGGCAUCCAUGGUUUGCAGCCGGCCCGGUUUAAGUCGCAGGAGGAACAGCUGGAACUGUGCCGAAUUUCGAUUUCGCGCUACCAGGAAGACCUUAACAAAUACCUUUAUCUGGUCGAUCUGCAGGAUCGUAAUGAGCGGUUGUUCUUCCGUUUGAUUUCGGAAGAUGUGGAGAAAAUGAUGCCGAUCGUGUACACGCCCACUGUCGGGUUGGCGUGCCAAAAGUUUGGUUUGAUCUAUCGACGACCGCGCGGCCUCUUCGUGACGAUCAAUGAUCGUGGGCAUGUGUACGAUGUGCUGCGCAACUGGCCGGAACCGGAUGUGCGGGCGAUCGUCGUUACUGAUGGUGAGCGUAUCCUGGGUUUGGGUGAUCUGGGCGCCUGCGGUAUGGGCAUUCCGGUCGGUAAGCUGGCCCUGUACACCGCACUCGCCGGUAUACCGCCGCACCAGUGUCUGCCGAUCGUGAUCGACGUGGGAACGAACAACAAGGAUCUGCUCGAGGAUCCGUUGUACAUCGGACUGCGGCACAAGCGCGUACAGGGCAAGGAGUACGACGAUUUCAUCGACGAGUUUAUGCAGGCUGUGGUGAAACGGUACGGCCAGAACACGCUCAUCCAGUUCGAGGACUUUGGCAACCAUAAUGCGUUCCGCUUCCUGGACAAGUACCGCAACACGUACUGUACGUUCAACGACGACAUUCAGGGUACGGCCUCGGUUGCGGUGGCUGGACUGCUUGCGUCGAAACGCAUCACGAACAAGCGUAUCUCGGAGAAUACGUUCCUGUUCCUGGGUGCCGGAGAAGCUGCCGUCGGUAUUGCCGAUUUGGUGGUGAAAGCGAUGCAGGCGGAGGGUGUUGGCUUGCAGGAGGCACGGGACAAGAUUUGGAUGUUCGAUAUUGACGGUUUGCUGGCCAAGGGCCGUCCCGAGGGUCGGCUCGGUGGACAUAAAGCGUACUAUGCCAAAGAUCACAGCGUGAUGAAAAACUUCGCCGAUGUGGUGAAGGAGGUUAAACCGUCGGUGUUGAUCGGUGCUUCGGCCGCCGGUGGUGCGUUUACGCCAGAAAUUUUGCAAGCCAUGGGUGAGUUCAAUGAGCGGCCGAUCAUAUUCGCCCUGUCCAAUCCCACCUCGAAGGCGGAGUGUACGGCACAGGCGGCAUACGAUAAUACCGAGGGUCGCUGUAUCUUUGCCUCUGGCUCACCGUUCGGUCCGGUGAAGUACGGUGGCAAGACAUACGUCACAGGGCAGGGUAACAAUGCUUACAUUUUCCCAGGUGUUGCAUUGGGUGUCAUCGUUACCGGCACGCAUCACAUCCCGGAGGACAUGUUCCUCAUCGCUGCACAAGUCGUCGCGGAUCACGUGUCCGAGGCGGAUCUGGAGAAGGGUUCGCUUUAUCCUCCGCUAAGUGCCAUUAAGGAAUGUUCGAUGGACAUUGCAGUCGGAGUUACAAACUACGCAUAUCAGAAGGGUCUCGCCUCCACCUAUCCGGAACCCGAAGAUAAGAAGUCGUACAUCGAGGCGCACCUGUACAACUACAACUACGAGAGCGCCAUGCCCGUCACCUGGCCGUGGCCGAAGCAGCAAGAAUCGGCGAAAACUCGGGAAAUUAACCCGACCAAGCUGCAGGCAUAA